AUGGACAGAGUGACGCCCACUGUUGACGACUGGCCGCUUUGGCCCAAGCCUGAAGGCCAUUACUGUCGCUUUUUUAACCGAAUUUCACAAUGUGCAGACUGUGGAUCCGAAGGAUGCAGUGACUUGGAAGAACUGGUGGUUGGACAACCCAAGAAAGAUCGCUUCUGUAGACCUCACUAUGCACCUUCUUGGGAGCGGGAUAAGUUGCGAAAAUGUGUCUGCAAGCGGGGUUUUGUAAGGAAUUCCUGGGGAGAGUGCAUUUCCAACAAAAACUGUUGGCGUUGCAAGCUACGCCGCUACAAGGACUGGCACAGCUGCGCAUCAGCUUGCCCGGCAACAUGCGGUAAGCCGGUGCGCACGGACUGCCCAAAGAAGUGCUCUCCGGGAUGCGAAUGCAUCCCUGGCUCUGUCGUACACCCAAGACACCACCACAGGUGUGUCAAGGCCGACAGUUGUUCACCAAAGUGUCCACUCCAUUCGAAGUUCAAGCCGUGCGUGUCAAACUGCGAGCCAAAGUGCAGCGAACAGCAUCCCCAAAAAUGCUUCAAUCGUUGCGACACGGGAGGAUGCGUCUGUGACCAAGGCUACGCUUACUUCUUUAAAAACCACGAAAAGAUUUGCGUGCGAGAGUCAGAGUGUAGCUUGUUCGCUCCCCCACCACUGCAUUUUACAUCGAAAGAGAUAGAACACUUUAAUCGUGGAGAAGACGUCAUAACCCGUCCCGGUGGUAUGGGAAGAAAUCGAGAAGGCACGCCUUCACGCGGUGGUUCAAGAGGUCCCAACGAAAACCUCUUACUAGGUGUCCCUCGGCCUGGCGCCGCAGGUGUUGGUGGUAACAUAGAAGGUGCCCAUCCACGUGGGAUGCCGGGCGGGUCCGGUCUCCAUGAAGGCGAACAACCCGGUCCAUCGCCUUUCAACGGAGGACUCGCAGGAGAGGCCCUAAAUUUCUUAAGAGAACGUAUGCGGCCAUCAGGUACCGAAGGAGGCAUUCGAUCUGGCACAGGCCCCAGUACAGGCUUAGCCAGUGCGCCCUCGCUUAGCGUAUUAGACCAUAACGCCCGCAUGCGAUUAUCCGAGGGUGGCUUCCUGGCCCGCGGUUCCGAAACAAGUGGUGAGGACAUUGGCGGACUUCAGCCUUUGGUUCCGCCUUUACAGAAUAGACCGAUACGUGGCGGAACCAGCAGCAGUGAUAAUGCAGGAAAUAAGCCCCUCCAUGUUUCUAGCUUACCUGGCAGGCUUGGCGUUGACAACGAAAGGGAAACGCUGUUGCCAACCUUGAGUGAUAACCACCUUCCGGGUGAGUUGGGAAUGCGUCCAGGGGCAAAUAUUGCCGCCAGCACUUCGCAACGUGGUCCCACAGGUGAAGGUGCGAAUUCACAUCCAGAAAUGGGCCAACCACAUGGUACUUCAGAACAUCCUAUCACUGGUUAUGAUGAAAGCGAGGAAAUCACACGGCCACUUCCUGUUGGCAGCCCAGGGGGAGUCCUUCCAGGAGACUUGAGUGUGCAACCACGCCCACCAGCAAGUGAAGGUCAGUUCCCAGGGAGGUCGGAUGAGAACCCAUUCCGAACACGUCAGUUUGGUGGUGUGGAAACUCGUGGGAUGGAUGUAGGUGCAAGCAUGCUUGCGCCGUCCCGACCGAGUGACUCAGGAAAUGAAGAAAUUCACAGCGAAAGAUUAGAAGGCAUGCCUUCACCUAUUUCUAGAAGACCAGGUGAACCUGGUUUUCGAACGCAGCCAUCCAGUGCAACCACGCGUGCUUUUGAGAGGCCCAGUGAGUCGAAUAAUAACGAAAGCGUCAGAAGUACAAAGCCACCUGCUGCUACUGAGUCGGGCGAGCGUGAUGUCAGUGAUAGAGGCUCGGGUGCAUCUUCGCAUGCUACCGCAGGCAACCGGUCGGGCGAGGCAGAAUUCCAACCACUCGGACCUGUCACAAGCAGCGAAACGGCUAGUGUAAGGCCGGGCAUUGCGGGCCCCGAGUCGGGUGUUUCUGAAGUGCCUGAAGUCCCGAAUGAUGGCGAAACCGAAGAAAUUACCAGUGGUCCCAGUAACGUUAGACCAGGAGAGAGCGUUGUCGGCACCGGUAUUGGGCGCACUGGGGAGCGUGUUAGUGGGAGACAUUUCCCGCUUGGCGCAAGCACGGAGCCAGUUGGUCGACCAUCAUUUGGUGUUGAAGAGUAUAGGAACGACGGUUUCGGCAGAAGGUCAUUUAGUGCGAUUUCACAUGGCAUGGAAGGAUAUGGUGGCGCCGGUGUAGAAAUUCCUAGGCAGCGUAUAUCAUUUGAUGUUACGCCUGCAUAUGGCCGGCCUCAUUUCGCAUUUUAUCCGCCGAGGGCAACCACACGUGGUGCCGCAGAAAUCGGAGAGAGUGGCUUUGAUGAAACAACAGGAUUUAUAAACCCACCUGUUGGCACAGGAGCUCACGGUAGUAAUAUGUUCAUGGAUUCCAGGAAUGGAGGCCCACUACCUGCUGGUGCUGAAAAUCGUUUCCCAGGUGGUAUGGGACUGUCUCUAGCAAAUAGGCAACCAUUCUUUCGCAUACCAUAUCGUCGGCAUGGGGCAGGUGUCCAUGCAGAUUUUGCCUUAAGGGUACACGGAGUCCCGGGAUAUGGCGGAGGCAGUGCCCGAAUAUAUGCAGACGAUAUUUCUCGGAGUCGUAUGGCGAGUCAUGAAGACGCUGGAUUAAGAUUUCUUCCAAGAGUUCCACCAAUACCCGGUCGUCGUGAACAUGGCGGAGAAGAGUUCCCAAUGAACCGAGGGGCAACAAACCUAGGUGCUUUGACAGAAUAUGAGAGGGCGAGACUGAGGUCCUUCCUAGUUCCUCCACGUGUCCGUGCUCUUGUAAGACACAUUAUUGCCAGACCUGAGUUCCUGCCUGGUGGUACACCUAUAAAUGCUAACGCGGGCCAUAACAGCGCUAACGUAAAUGCUGUUGUCCGUGAUGCGUUGUUACGGGCGAAUACUGCCGGGCGCGGUGCUGACGCUUCUGGUCUCUACGACGAGAGAGUAAGCUCAGGUCAUGUAAGCCUACACAAUAGAAAUUGGUUGCAUCUAAGACCAGAGGGUUAUCAUGGAACCAGAAGCGUAGAGUACGAGCUGGCCCGGUUAAGUGAGAAUCUUGAGGACGUGUGUUCAGAGAGAGAAACACGGGUGCAGAAGGAACAGCCCGAACCCGAGUUCUGCAAACCCAAUCUCGUACACCCAUCCAAAGUCCACAAGAAGAGAACGUGCAUCUGCGCCGAUGGUUACGUGCGGAACGCCUGGGAUCGCUGCAUCCUCGAAAACGAGUGUAAAGUGUGUAAAAAUGAGCCGACCAAGGACUACAACAACUUUUGCGUCUGUGCUUACAAAUGCGGGCAACCGGCGGCCACCAAGUGCGGGCAGGAUUGCAAACCCGGUUGCGACUGUCCUCCCGGGUACUCCAGGAUUGCUAACGGCGACUGCGUAUCAAUCAACGACUGUCCUCCAAUAUGUCCAGGCAACUCGACAUUCAACCUGUGUUUUUCUGGCUGCGAACCUCUGUGUCGUCUAGGCCCUCGGAAAAAAGAUUGCGUUCCAUCGUGCAACGUAGGAAACUGCAUAUGUAUACAGGGCUACGCCAUGGAAAGUGGUAUCUGCUAUCCUUGGGAACAGUGCCCGAAAAAUUAA